ACCCUGAGUUGCUCUUAUGCUUGCUUACUUUGCUACAUGUUCAUGGUGGUGUAUUAUUAUUAUAUUUAUAUGAUAAAAUAUAUAUAUCGUGUGAAACAAUUAGAAAUUUUUGUAAACUUUUGUUAAAUCAAAUUUAACGACGAGAUGGGUGUACCAGCAUUUUUUCGAUGGUUAAGUCGAAAAUACCCUUCCGUAAUUGUCGAAUGCAUCGAGCAGAAGUCCAUAAAUACGGACGGAGUAUGUGUUCCUGUAAAUUCUGCAGAUCCAAAUCCAAACGGAGUAGAAUUCGAUAAUCUUUAUCUUGAUAUGAAUGGUAUAAUACAUCCUUGUACACACCCAGAAGAUAAACCAGCACCUAAAGAUGAGGAUGAAAUGAUGGAAGCUAUCUUUGAGUGUAUUGAUAGAUUGUUUCGUAUUGUUAGACCGAGAAAGUUGCUUUACAUGGCAAUUGAUGGAGUGGCACCCAGAGCUAAGAUGAAUCAACAAAGAUCCCGACGAUUUCGAGCAUCAAAAGAAACAUCAGAAAAAAUUAAUGAAAUAGAAAGAAUACGUACUGAAUUGUCUCUCAAGGGUGCAUCCUUGCCUCCUGAGAAACCAAAGGAAGCACAUUUUGAUAGUAAUUGUAUCACACCGGGUACACCAUUUAUGGCAAGAUUAUCGGCAUGUUUACAUUAUUACAUUCACGAACGUUUGAACAAUGACCCUGGUUGGAGGAAUAUUAAAGUGAUAUUGAGCGACGCCAAUGUACCUGGUGAAGGAGAACAUAAGAUAAUGGAUUUUAUACGACGACAAAGAUCACAACCCGAUCAUGAUCCCAAUACGCAACAUGUUCUAUGUGGAGCAGACGCAGAUUUAAUCAUGUUGGGUCUUGCUACUCAUGAACCUAAUUUUACUAUCAUCCGCGAAGAAUUUAAGCCGAAUAAACCAAAACCGUGCGAUAUAUGUGGCCAGUUAGGGCAUGAAAUGCGAGACUGUACUGGUGCGGAACCGAAUCAAAAAGAAGAGGAGAAUGCAUACGGGUCCGAGGGCCAGUUCAUAUUCGUGCGUUUAAACGUUCUGCGAGAGUAUUUAGAAAAAGAGUUGUUUAUGCCAAAUCUGCCGUUCAAAUAUGAUUUCGAACGAGCUGUCGAUGAUUGGGUAUUUAUGUGUUUCUUCGUAGGAAACGAUUUUUUACCUCAUCUUCCUUCUUUAGAAAUUAGAGAAGGUGCAAUAGACAGACUCGUUACUUUGUACAAGAAAGCAGUAUAUAAAACAGGAGGCUUUUUGACAGACAGCGGAGAUGUCAAUUUAGAUCGUGUGCAAUUAAUAAUGUCAGAUCUUGCUGAAGUUGAGGAUGAGAUAUUUAAGAAAAGACAAGAAAAUGAACUGGCUUUCAAACAACGUGAGAAAGAUAAGAAGAGGAGAAACGAAAUUAUCAGUAAUUUCAAACCAAAAUGGAUUCCUGCAGGACAAUUUGCGCCUAAUCCCCUUGGACAAACGGUCAAGCCUAUAGAAAAUGCACGUUAUGAAGCUUAUCAAAUGCGUGUACAAGGGAGAAAUUAUAACACAAAUGUUGCUGAAAAUAAGAAUACUAAUCAUGCUUUAGAGAGUAUGUUACGGCCUGAGAACACUAGUAACAAAGGGCAAAAACGUAAAAUUGAGGAAAUCAAUGCUGAGUCAGAUGAUGAGCAGUCGCAUGAUGAAGUGCGUCUUUGGGAGGAUGGUUUCAAAGAUCGUUACUAUGAGUCUAAAUUUGGUGUGUCUACUGAUAAUCUCGCAUUCAGAAAUAACGUUGCUUUACAAUACGUACGAGGUUUAUGCUGGGUCCUGCGAUAUUAUUACCAAGGCUGCGCAUCGUGGAGAUGGUAUUUUCCGUACCAUUACGCGCCAUUCGCAAGUGAUUUUAUUAAUAUUGGUGGUCUUUCUACAGAAUUUGAAAAAGACACUGUACCGUUUCGUCCAUUAGAACAACUGAUGGGCGUUUUUCCUGCUGCUAGUAGUAAACAUGUACCUAUACCAUGGGCGAAGUUAAUGAGCGAUCCAAAAUCUCAGAUUAUUGACUUUUACCCAGAAGAUUUCAAGAUCGAUUUGAACGGGAAGAAAUUCGCUUGGCAAGGUGUGGCUUUACUUCCAUUUGUUGACGAGCAAAGAUUAUUCAAGGCUCUGGCGCCAUAUUAUGAAAGCCUAACAGAAGCAGAAAAAAAGAGAAACGUUCGCGGUGAUGACAGGCUGUACGUUGGUAUGGGAAAUGACGGUUAUAAUUACGUAAGAGGAAUAUAUCAAAAUCGUUGCGGAUUUGACAAGGAGUUUGAAAUAAGUAUGGAAGGUAUGCGAGGUACUGUGCUCCUGUCGGAAGAUUGCGUGAUUGAGGGAGGCAUGGUACCUUCGCCUGUAAGAGGUUUACCAGUUAGAAACAACAAAGUAUAUUGCGUCAAAUUCAAAGAUCCAAAAUACAGCAGCAGCCACAUCUUUCCUGCUUGUAAGCUGAAAGGAGCUAAGGAACCGCCGCGCGUCCUGAAACCGCAAGAUUUCGAUCUUAUGAAUCGUGACAAUAGGCACCAAUGGAAGCCACAAAUUGGUUUCACUCGAUCCACGCAGUCUGUUUCGUUAGCACAGGCAGGACAUAGAAUGCUCGAACGACACACGAACCACAAUCGACCUCAAUCGCAGACAUAUGCCAACAUUCCUCCACCAAUCAAUUUAUAUCAACCACCGUUUCAUGGUUAUCAGAGUGGCUACCAAUCGGGCUACGAUUACGAAGACAAUGCUGGUUCGAGUCAAAUGCGUGGACCAUGGGCAUCCGGCUACGGUAAUGCCCCGAGGAGUCGCCCUCCAUCAUCCUAUGACUAUCAACAGUCCCGUAAUCGCUACAACAAUCAUCAGUUGCAAUUCUCACGGAAUAUGGCGGGUGGUUACCAGAAUGUGCAACAAAGCUACAACAAUCAACGCGGAAUGAAUUAUUCUUCGACACGAAGAACUGAGGAACGGAGGAACGGAGGUGGAGGAAACUAUCGAAGUGGAUGGCGACGAACCUCGUGAGCCCGCGAUUCGGUAUCGAAAAUUUUGAUGUGUACCUCUUUAGCAUAAUAUUAUGUGGAAUCGUGUAUAACUUCUAUUGUUUCCCUUUCCUUUGAGUCUAUUUUGAUAGAAGUUACUUUACAAUUUUAUCUGACUUUAUAUAUUAUCAUUAGUAUAUCUCUUAUAUAUAUUAUCUAUAACGACUUAUAUAUGUGCGUGUUCUACUACUCCGGUGAUUGAUUUCUUCUCAUAAGCUCAUAAGCAUGAGAAAGAAAAAUACAAACAUCUGUUAUCUUUUAUUGGAUGUUAACCGUGAUUUGAUAUCAAUGCAAUAGUUGAAUAUCGAAUUUGCAAUGGAUCACCACGCACAAGGAUUACUUGAUUAAGGUUUACAAACAGUGAAUCAUGAGGAAUUCAAGUCAGCUGACUUGAUUGAGCAAAUACUGUAUCAUCUCACUCUUGAUCAAGGCAUAUCAAAGUGCGUUGUCGUAAAUAACAGUCAGUACAAAAAUGUCUGUGAACUCGCAGACCCGAGGUGAAAUGGUUCUACAUUGAUUCGCAAAUUUCUUGAAAGAGCAACAGAUGAAAUUUAACAUUAUAUAUGCUAUUAUCUCGCCCCUUAAUGCUACAUAAACGUUGAUUUACUGUCCUUUUCUUCAUGAAGUUUCUUGAAAGAAAGAUCUCUUCAAGAAUAAUUUAAUAUUUGAUUAUCUCCGCACUUUUAAUCGUCCUCCUUAUGUCCAACAAGCAAGGUAUGCAUUAUGUAACUUUCUUAACUGCAAAUCAAACAUAUGAAACAAAUAAAUAUCAAAUAAUUAGUAAAUAAUAUAAUUAAUAAGUAAAUAAGAUAAACUUUUUUGUACAUAAUCUUAUGUUUCUUUUUCCUUUAAUUUUCAUCUUUUCAUUGACGUUGAAAAUUUUUAUAGGACUUGAAAGACUUAUAUGAACAAACAUAACAAUUAUAUUUAAUAGUGCUGUGCACUAAUAGAUUGAAAAUUGAUUUCGGUAUAAUAACAAAACUAUACAGAAGUGGAAAAGAAGGAAGAACCUUAUUAGAUAUAUGAGUCAAACCUAGGAAGAGCCUUAUUAGAUACAUGAGUCAAAUCUAGGAAGAGCCUUAUUAGAUACAUGAGUCGAUACUUAAAAGAUUUAUACUAGAUUCUAGAAUGAUAUUCAUAGUUGUGAAUUAUUUGGGAUCUUAGAUUGAGAGCACAAUUAAUCAUAGACUUGUGCUAAUGAACUGUUUUGGCUAUUUGAAUCAAUGCUUUGUAUUGCACGAAAGAAGUGCAUGUACAGACCGAUAAACAAUCAUAGUGACUCUAUUUAAUUUAUAUUUUUUCUACUUAUUUAUCUAAUUAUUUGUCAAAUGAAUCGUCAGUCUAUGAAUGACCGGCCUAAGUUUCAACUCUCUAUUCUCAAAAAGUUCGUCAAAUGUCCGUUAAAAUCGGAAACCAGCAUAUUUGACAGACCUGGAGAUUACCUGAAUGUAUUGCAUAUCUUGACGUUUCACGUUCUCCAUCCUGGCUUCUCAAUGUAACAUCUUGGCACCUGAUUGACUCCGUGACAUUCCGAAUACUCAUUUGUGACACUGACACUAAUGUUCACGUGGUACGAUUCAGUUGGAGGUUAGGUUAGGUUAAAAUAACGCGUAUACACUAACGCGAUUUUGACGAGAGCACGAUAAAAUAUUUUGGAAAUGGCGGAAUAUUUUAAUCACCCGAAGGUUGUGAUAACAAGAAGACACACGCACGUCGCGUGUAAGCUUAUCAUUUACUUGCUAAAAGCUCGUAAUAUUUUUGAAAGCAUUGAAUGUUGUCACUUCUCGGUAGCUCCUUGACACGCUCGCCAAUUGUUAUUGUUCGCUCCAGCGUCGUGUAUCGUUCAUAAACGCGCGUCCUGCUUCAUGUCUCCAUCUGGCGAACGAUACGAAAUCCGCGGAUCGGUAAGUCAGUUACAAUUGCCAGCGGGCGAACGAGAUAUUUCGUACAUAUUUGGUCUGUUCUUUUUAGCUGCACUGCUGAACUAGUGCAAUAAGUUAAAAUGAGAUGAAUAUACUUUUUCUCGCUCUAACUAAUUGCACCAGUUCAGGGUCCCUAUUCUUGAAAUAGUUGCGUAUACGUAUUUUAUUGCGCAGGUUUAACCAUAUAAAAUAGCUGCGCAAUGAAAAUUACGUAUACGCAAAAAUUUCAAGAAAAGGGGCCCAGCAAUGCAGCUAAAAAAAGAACAGAGCAAUUAAAACGUGCGGCGUUCUCUUAUCGGGACUGGCCAAUCGUAGAACGACAAUUUUGAACGUUUCAGCUGCACCCUCCUGUACUCUCCCAGAAAUCUUGGUCUUUUUCUCUCUUUCUUAUCAAUUGGUGAACAUUUACUUGCUUAAUUGUUAAGCGCGGAGCACAUUUCUACUUGAUUAUUUACGCGCAAUACGUGCCUACUUCGCCUCGAGUGUUGCGAAUGCAACGAAGUGCAGUUGAAAGGAGCGAGUCUCAAAUGUAACGGCCAUUAGGCGCGUUCAGUAGAAAAAGCGCUCAGUGAGCAAUCGAUUAUUGGUUCUUACUAUUAGAUUACUAAAUCUAGACCAAUUACAUAAAUCUAGACGAAUUGCUCAACUGUUGUGCAACUGUUGCGUUCGCUGAACGCACCCAUUGUCUUUACGAAAUGUUCGCUGUGAAGUCGUCGCACGCCCCGCGCAAAGUAGCCGGUCUCUCGUCGAUGUCGUGCAAUUAACGUGCGUUCCUCCGUUCGAACCGUGUCUACAUGAAUCUCAGUGUUAGCGUCAGUGCUUGUGUAGCCUCAGUCACGAGGAAGUAUUCGGAAUGUCACGACGGAAUAGCUAGGAAUCAGGAUGCUAAGCAGGAAAGUCAGAACGGAGAACGCCAAGGGCGGAGGACGCCGAGACGCGGCCAGUGAUGUACAUCGUAUAUCUCAAGGUAUAUGAAGUCAGUUAUACGAUUUAUUCUCAAUUUCAAUAAAUAUGACUGAGAUAAUCGAAUAUUAGAUAUUCCCAAACAGAUCUUUGGUCUGUUCUUUUCAACUGCUCUGCUGAACUGAUGCAAUAAGUUAGAGUGAAAAAAGAUAUACUUGUCUCACUUUUACUUAUUACACCAGUUCAACAGUGCAACUGAAAAGAACAGAUCACUUUUCUGCUAAUCCUCGACUGGACACAACAGUCAUAAGUAAAUACUUAUACGGUAGCUAGAUGGCGCCUUAAAACUUUUAAAAUAUAAGAUCCCGGAGAUUCUUCCGGAGUUGGCCGUCAAAUACGACGGAAUUAGCAGGGUCAGUGUAGAAUCAAGUUUUCGGAUUCGAAAUUACGAGAGAUUCGGUCGCUGCGCGAAAUUAUGUGGCAAAAUUCAAAUCUAACAAGUCUCUUUAUCUGCGACAAAAUGUGCUGCUUUAAAUUGUGUGGGAUAAAAGUUUCGAAUUUAUAUUGCAUAUGAAAUCAGUUCUCUAAUAUAUUUAUAAGCAUUCUAUAAGCGUACAUCACAUCAGAGGUAUAAUACACUGUGAAAAGAGGAUCAGUCGAAGUAUUUGAACAGAGCUAAAUAAACUCAAUUUCAGGGUUGCACAUGGCGAAUUAACUGCCCUAAUUUUCUCAACAAAAUCUUUUUGUGCUUUUUAUUUCCUAUUUGCGUAAAAUAAACUCAAAAUUUUGUUGGAUGAGGUGAUCAUAAUAAAAUUCACCUUAAUUCUUUAUCACAUUUAUCAUCUGCUUUAAUUAACUUUCCAGUCAAUCAUGCGCAUUGUGCAGUUAAAUCAACCUUUUGGCAAUUGAAAGAACAUCUAUAUUAUACAUAAAAAUUACGUUCCAAUUACAUUUCAAAUAAUCGAGCUAAUUCGAUUUUUAUUCGAUUUGUCUCAAUCGCAACAAAUUUGCUCAACCCUGAUCUCACCUGAUGCUUUUUUCUGUGUACAGCGAAGAACGUCGCGGCUAUUACUGCCCUCCUAAGCUAAAAGGGCGUAUCUUUAUUCCUUCUAAGGAGAAAGAUUAACGCAUUUCACCUCUCUCUCUCUUUGCAUAAAUUUUAAUUCGUUGAAGUCUUGCAAACAUUCGCAUCCGUCCUUUCCGCUUAGAAUGCCAUUAUAUUCUCUCUGAUGUGAAUCCGAUGUAUGGUCAGGGCCCAUUCUUGAAAUUUUUGCGUAUACGUAACUUUCAUUGUGCAACCAUUUAAUGAUAUAAUUAUACUUGCGCAAAGCAACUUAUGUAUACGCAAAAAUUCAAGAAUAUGGGCCCAGAUCCUUAACGAUCGAUUUGCAUUUUUUUAUUAUCAUACCGGAGGUGAUUAAGAUACGAUGCAUUCGUAUACUUCAGUUACGUGAGAAUUUAUUGUGUAGUAACGACGAUUUAGUUGUACAUUUUUUCAACAUAGAUAUACUAAGACCACAAUGGCGUGUAUAUCUUUUUAUAAAAAUACAGUCAAUAUCUCGUAGUUCUCUCUCGCAAUGAGAUAUCUUCACGGGCGUUUAGCACCUUCAAUCAUAUGUCGGUUCUAUUUGACGCCUAUAAUAAUCACUUGUCAUUGUCGUCGAUCGUAUUUUCAUGUUCUUUACGUUUCCCGAUUAUUAUUGACACGAGUAGAAUUAAAUGUGUACACAAUAAGACAAAAGAAGAAUUCGUCGAAACAACUCAAGUCGAGUUAAGCGAACUUAUUUUCAGAGUUGUACACGGCGAACUAACUGUCCUUAAUUAUUUCAGCAGCAUUCCCAUGCUUUCCUAAUCUCUCAUUUUGUUUGAGACUCAAACUAUCGUUCAAUGAAUGGUCACAUUUGUCGUCUAAAUUUAUUUACCUUCCAAAGCAAAGUUAAAAUCAUUGAUAUCACGCAGUUAGAUCAGUUUUUUGAUUAUUGAAGGAAUGUUUCUAUCAUGCAAACAAACUAUGUUUCCGUUUCGUUAGCUGUUUACUAUUGAAAUUGUAUGAUGAAAAUUUCGAUGUCAGAUUGCUGAAAUCUGACCCGAUUUUCAUUCGAUUUGAUGCGAUUGUAUUUUGUGUGGCUCUAAACUUGUGUAACUCUGAGACGUAGUUCUUUUUACUCAAUUUUUUUUUCAAUAUAAUAAUUACGGUCAAUGAAUUGUACAUAUUGACUAAAUUAUAUAAGAUAAAAGUGUCAUCGGGUUAUAUUUCAGCUGAUCAAACGCAGUCUGUAGUUAUGUAUAUGUUAAACAACAUUACUUUUAGUCGGUUGUAUAUCAGUAGCGACGAGUAAAACUUGCUCGUGCAAUGUGAAAUCGCAUAUUCUAGCUCGUUUUAGUGGGGUAAAAGACCGUGAGGGUAAUUCGCGGAUUUUCAUUUCAGGUUAAGGGAUAAUUAAUACAAAGAUCGAGCCCAAACGAGUAAAUUUCACUCUUCGCUAUCAGUCUAGACUUAAGCACAAUAUUAGAACGCCACUAUUGGACGGUAUUUGUCAUUUCCCUCUAUAUUGAAAUACACGAUAUUUCCGUAAUGAAA